UAAUCCGGCCUCCUUCUUUUUGGUGUAUUUUAUUUUAUGUGUUCAUGUAGAGGAAAUUUAUGUUUUCUAUAAGUAAAAGAAAUUUGUAUUCGUGUUGUCCUACAUUGAUGUUUAACAUUCGUUUGCUGCUCGAUUCUGAAAUAGAUCUGCAUUUAAGGUUGUGCUCUUCCAUUAGUAUUUUCUGAGUUUUGAUUGUUGACCCUGUCCUAAUGGAAGAAGAGAAGAAGAAGAGGAGGAACAAGAAAAAGAAGAAUAAACAAACCAAAGGAAUAGAAAAUAAUGCCAUUGGUGCAGAUGAAUCAACUUCCUCCAAUCAGAACCAUCCUGCUGAAAUACAUGGCUCUGAAGCACGUACUAAUGAUACUUCGGGGAUAGAUGACUAUCCUAAUAGACAUGAUACUGAGGGUGCCAAAUUUGCCACCUUUGAAGAGAAAAUUAAACAAUUACAGAAAGACAAAGUAUCACAUAUGCAAAAGGAGGCUAUCUUCGAGGAGAAACUUAAACAAUUCUCACGGGAAAAAGAUGCCAGUUUACUGAAGGAGUCUAACUUUGACGAGAGGAUCAAACAACUACAGAAUGAAAAUAACAAUCAUCUGCAUAAAGAGGCUAGUUUUGAGGAGAAAAUCAUGCAAUCGCAAAAAGAAAUUAACAGUUUCAAGAGGCAAGAGGCUAACCAAGAAGAAAAGAUAAGACAACUGCAUAUGGAGAAGGAUGUUUACUUGCAGAAAGAGGCUGAGUUUGAGAUGAAGAAUUCUCAAUUACAAAGUGAAAAGAAUUCCUGGCUUCUAAAGGAGGCUGGCUUAGAGAAAAGAAAUAAUGAGUUGGUGGAUGAAGUGGAGAAGUUGAAUUCAAAGAGGGUAAUGAAUCCUGAAGUGAGUUUGGAGAAAAAAGUAGAAGAGAUGGAGAAGGAAACCGAAAACAGGGUCCAGAAGGAGGUUAGCUUGGAGGAAAGAAUCAGUCUGUUGGUGGGUGAAGUGGAAAAUUUGAAUUCAAUGAGGGUGAGCUUGGAGGAAAAAGUAAAAGAGAUGGAGAAUGAAAGAGAGAACUGGGUCCAAAAGGAGAAGUCAUUCAGAGAAAUAAUUUCCAGUCUGAGUGGUGAUAAUGCACUUUUAGAGAUGCAGGUGAAGGAGUUCGAAGAGUUGAGGACCAAUAUUGUACAAGAAAAUCAGUUACUGAAAGCAAAUAUACAAGUUCUGCAGACACAAGUCUAUAAUCUCGAGAAGAGUGCUGGACCUCCUUGUUCACCAACUGGACUCAAAAUGAAUACUCCUGAAAAUGGGGAUCUGAAUUCUGAAGUAGUUGCUACCCGAGCAUUGGUGGACAAACUGAUUGAUGAAAAUGCGGAGCUUGUGGAGAAGGUGAAGAAUUUAUAUGUGGAGCUCGAACAAAGAGGCCCACCAAUGGAGGUAUCUUCACUUUUAGGUUCUGAUGUAAUUACCACAAGCUCUGAGGCAGCUCGCAUUGCCAAUGAAUCAGCCCUUGGGUCACACAAGAUGCCUGGAGCUGUUCACGAGCAUGAAGUUGAUCAUACUACAGAGCCAAAAUCUGAACCCAGUGAAGCAGUAUUGCAGUCAGGUGAAAGGCUGCAAUCUCUGAAAGAUGCCAUUGACAAAGCUGCAAGUGAUCAUGAGCAUGUGAAUAAGAUAGAUAGCAGAAUUGAUGUUAAUUCAUCGGAAAUCGAGUCUGAUGAAAUUGUGCAGAUCCUUUUAGACGAGAAUGAAGUCCACUCAGCAGAUUUAGAAGUCGCAAAUGUGGAUCAGGAUGACGAGGAGGUUCCCCUCACCAAUGCACCGUUAAUUGGUGCUCCGUUUCGUUUGAUAUCCUUUUUUGCUAGAUACGUGAGUGGUGCUGAUUUGGUUAAUAAGAACUCAGCAACCUCAAACCGAUAACCUGCUAACAGCCUGCAGCUGUAAGAAGUUAGAUUUUACACAGCAAAAAGGAGAAGGAUGACACCAAAGAUUAAACAUAAUCACGUCAAGUUGAGUGAUAUACUUAUUAUAGUCGUAGGCUGGAUGCUGCCCCCUUUUUUGUACCAAUUUUAUUUUCAUAGGGAUAUUAGUUGUGAAAGAUGAAAAUAUUGAUUUGGGCCAUUCUUACACAUGCCUGAAAAUUUGAAGACGUAAGAACAAAAGUUAUUAUGCUAGAGAUGAGAGUUGCUGUUGGUUAAUUUAGCCAAAUGGAUUUUGUAUUUCUUUAAACUUCAUUUGGAUGUUUUGCACUCCUCUUAAGCUUGUGGUUUGUGGCGUACUCCUAGCAUACCCAACACAGGCGGUCAGAUAGAGCUGAUCCAAACAACGGAAUGAUCCAUUAAUCAUGAAGAAAUUGCAUGAGGAGAAAUAGAAGAAGGAUGCAUGUACAAGUUUGAAAUCACCCGUAGAAAAAGCUUCUAAAAAGGGGGGAAAAGUAGAAUCUGUUACUAGACGCCCUUCUCUACCCAAGGUUCGGAUUCCUAAUGUAUCUAGUGGAUUAAGAUUCUUAUAUUAAUGUAUAACGCCUAUGUUUGAACAUUACGAUACAUUUCAAUUUUAUAAUGUACAAUGUAUCGUAUUCAAAUAUUAUUUUUGAUUAAUAACCCUAAUUUAGUGAAACAUAAAUUAGUAUG